AUGAGGUCACGCUCCCUUGAGGCCCCGCCCCCGUCACCUGACCACGCCCCUUACUGGGAGCACGCCAGGAGCAUGGCCGCUCCCCCAACUUUUACGACUUACCCUGUUCAAGAUCUUUUUGACAAGCUAGUAAAAGUAACAAACAGCUUGUGCUCAGGGGUUUUCCUGAUGAUGCUAAAACACUUCCAACAGAGACUUCAGAUUAGAGUUACCUGGGGAGUGUGGAGCUUUAGUGAACUGUUCUUUGUUAAAGAGCCACAGGAUAUAACUGUCACAAGAAAGGACCCGGUGAUUUUCGACUGCCAGGCACAUGGAGACGUCCCCAUUACAAUCACGUGGCUGAAAAAUGGAGCAAAAGUUUCAGAAAAUAAACGGAUCCACGCUUUAUCUAAUGGCUCUUUGUACAUCAGUGAGGUGGAAGGAAAACGGGGAGAACCAUCUGAUGAAGGAUUUUACCAGUGUUUGGCUCUGAACAAAUAUGGGGCAAUUUUGAGUCAAAAAGCUCAUCUUACAUUAGCAACCCUCUCCGUGUUUGAAGUUCAGCCUCUGUCAGUUGAAGUUCAGGAAGGUGGAGUUGCCAGACUCGCUUGUAAAAUAACUUCAAACCCUCCUGCCGUCAUUACGUGGGAAUUGAAUCGAACGUCAUUACCCCUGGCUAUGGACAGAGUAACUGCCUUACCGACGGGAGUGCUGCAGAUCUAUGGGGUAGGCCACAGGGAUGCUGGAAAGUAUCGCUGUGUGGCCACUACUGUAGCCAAUAGGCGUAAAAGUGUGGAGGCUACUCUAACUGUGAUUCCAGCUUUGGAGUCCCCAUCGUACCACAAACCAGCCAUAAUAGCAGGACCACAGAAUAUUACAACUUCUCUGCACCAGACAGUCAUUUUGGAGUGUGUGGCCUCGGGAAAUCCCAAACCAAUCAUUUCUUGGAGUCGGCUUGAUCACAAAUCCAUCGAUGUCUUCAAUACACGAGUUCUUGGAAAUGGCAAUCUCAUGAUAUCUGAUGUUAAGAUGCAACAUGCUGGGGUUUAUGUUUGUCGUGCUACUACCCCAGGCACGAGAAACUUCACUGUUGCCAUGGCGACUCUAACUGUGCUAGCUCCACCUUCAUUUGUGGAAUGGCCAGAAAGUUUAACAAGGCCUCGGGCUGGCACUGCCCGCUUCGUGUGCCAAGCAGAAGGAAUUCCCUCUCCUAAAAUGUCUUGGCUGAAAAAUGGGAGGAGGAUACAUUCCAAUGGGAGAAUUAAAAUGUAUAACAGCAAAUUGGUGAUUAACCAGAUUAUUCCUGAAGAUGAUGCUAUUUAUCAGUGUAUGGCCGAGAAUAGCCAAGGAUCUAUAUUGUCCAGAGCCCGGCUGACUGUAGUUAUGUCAGAAGACAGGCCCAGUGCUCCUUGUAAUGUUCAUGCUGAAACUAUGUCAAGUUCAGCCAUCCUUUUAGCUUGGGAGCGGCCGCUUUACAAUUCUGACAAAGUCAUCGCAUAUUCGGUGCAUUACAUGAAGGCAGAAGGUUUAAAUAAUGAAGAGUAUCAAAUCGUUAUUGGAAAUGACACAACUCAUUAUAUUAUCGAUGAUUUAGAGCCUGCCAGCAACUAUACGUUUUAUAUCGUAGCCUACAUGCCAAUGGGAGCCAGUCAAAUGUCUGAUCACGUAACUCAGAAUACACUUGAAGAUGUUCCCCUGAGGCCUCCUGAAAUUAGUUUGACGAGUCGCAGUCCCACAGAUAUUCUCAUCUCUUGGCUUCCGAUCCCUGCCAAGUACCGCCGUGGUCAAGUUGUGCUAUACCGGUUGUCCUUCCGCAUCAGCACGGAAAACUCCAUCCAAGUUUUGGAGGUCCCGGGCAGCACGCACGAGUACCUCUUGGAAGGCCUGAAACCCGAUAGCAUUUACCUGGUCCGCAUCACUGCUGCAACCCAAGUGGGACUGGGAGAAGCUUCUGUAUGGACGUCACACAGGACACCAAAAGCUACGAGUGUGAAAGCCCCCAAAUCUCCAGAGUUACGCCUGGAACCACUCAACUGUACAACGAUUACAGUUAGGUGGCAGCAAGAGUCUGAGGACACGGCAGCUAUUCAUGGUUAUAAAUUAUUCUACAAAGAAGAAGGGCAGCAAGAAAAUGGACCAAUUUUACUUGAUGCCAGUGACCUUCUUUAUACUGUUAGUGGUUUGGAUCCCCGAAGGAAGUACCAUGUGAGACUGCUGGCCUACAAUAGCAUGGAAGAUGGUUACCAAGCUGAUCAAACAGUCAGUACUCCAGGAUGCGUAUCUGUUCGGGAUCGUACGGUUCCUCCACCACCACCCCCGCACCAUCUCUAUGCGAAGGCUAACACCUCAUCUUCCAUCUACCUGCACUGGGGGAGGCCUGCAUUCACCUCUGCACAAAUAAUUAACUAUACCAUCCGCUGUAAUCCCGUGGGCCUGCAGAAUGCUUCUUUGGUUCUGUACCUUCAAACGUCAGAUACUCACAUGUUGGUCCAAAGCCUAGAACCAAACACCAAAUAUGAAUUUGCAGUGCGUCUGCACGUGGAUCAACUGUCCAGCCCCUGGAGUCCUGUAGUUUAUCAUUCCACGCUGCCAGAAGCCCCUGCGGGUCCACCAGUGGGAGUGAAGGUGACUUUGAUAGAGGAGGACACUGCCUUGGUUUCUUGGAAGCCGCCCGAUGGCCCCGAAACGGUCGUGACGCGGUACACGAUUCUGUACGCAUCUCGGAAGGCUUGGAUCGCUGGCGAGUGGCAAGUCCUUCAUCGAGAAGGCGCAAUAACAAUGGCUUUGCUGGAAAACCUGGUGGCGGGAAACGUGUACAUUAUCAAGAUCUCUGCCUCCAAUGAAGUGGGAGAAGGGCCCUUUUCCAGUGCUGUGGAGCUUGCAGUUCUUCCAAAGGAAACUUCUGAGUCAAAUCAGAGGCUGAAGCGCCUAGAUUCUGCAGAUGCCAAAGCUUAUUUGGGGUAUUAUCCUCUGGACCAGAAAUCGAUGACCGGCAUUAUUGUCGGCGUGUGCAUAGCAUUGACCUGCAUACUGCUCUGCAUUCUCAUCUUGAUUUACCGCAGCAAAGCCAGGAAAGCAUCUGCUUCUAAAACUGCACAGCCAGGGACGGACCAGUUGUCUCAGACCAGUUCCUCACUGACCAGUGGGAAUGAGUUGGGAAAGAGCCUGGAAGGGAUCGCAGAGAAUGAAGAGUCCUUAAUUCCAAUGAUAGUGCAAAACAGCUUUGUUGACACAAAGGGGGGAACUGAUCUGAUCAUUAACAGCUAUGGCCCUAUAACAAAAAACAACUCAAAGAAGAAAUGGCUCUUUUUUCAAGACUCGAAGAAGACAAAAACUGAGCAGCCCCAGAGGAGAUUUGUCCAGGCGGUGUGCUUAUAUCAGCCAGGCAGCACUGUGUUAGUCAGCGAUGAAGACUCUCCCACAUCCCCGGACCAAACCACCCGCUUCCAGGGGCCCUUCGGCAUCGCAGUCGACACGGAACAUUCAGCCAACAGCGAAGGAAGCCAUGAGACCGGGGACUCCGGCAGGUUCUCUCACGAGUCCAACGACGAGCUUCACCUCUCUUCGGUUAUAAGUACCACCCCUCCUACCUCCAAUUUCUUCCCAGGCAGUGACUCGGGUGGGCAGCUUGCCGUGAGCCACCGUGAAGACCAUUCAGUGCCACUGGCUGCCGAACAGACUGAUACCUCAGCUCUCCAGUUCCAGUCGGCCACGCUGUGCUUUGAUCCCAAUGAGCUUCCAAUCUAGACAACCGGGCCCGACGUUCUCACAGCGUAUGUCUGUUCAAAGGACAAUGAACAGGGAGCCAAAGCAGAGUGCGAAAAUCCUGGUACCUUAUCGGGGGAAUCCGAUCACCUUUGUUGAAUGUGGUUUUUUCGUUUCGUUUUGUUUGGGGGUUUUUUUGGUUGUUGUCUGUUUCUUCUUUUUUUAAAAUCACUCAUUUUGAAUGUGGAAAUGUCAGCAAUGUGAAAGGA